ACGCGUGUUAACGUUAAAAAUCGUCGUGUCCCGCCAUUUUUCAAUCGGCAGAUCGCUAUUGCUCGAGUGGUUGACCGCGUCCAGAGGUCCUCACCACCGUCUCCCUAGGCCCUGUAGCGUCGCUUGAAGGACAGCAGCAGGUCGACAGUGUCCUCUUCGUCGUAUCAGCGCGCAGAGAGCGGUCGAUAAGUCCCCCUACACGUCGAGAACGCGCUCCAAUCAAAGGAAAGAUUUCUGUAGUCGCGUCGGAGCCAAACCGAAAACGAUAAACAUGAUGCGAGCAGCGUCGUCGCCCAUGGAGCCUCUCAACAAGAAUAUUCUACUGGCUGGUGAAGUGAUCGCGGAGAAAUGGAAGAUUGGAGAGAAAAUUGGAGAGGGAACAUUCAGUCAGAUUUACUCGGCAUAUUCAAUCGAGAGUCGAGAUAAAGUUGCAGUAAAAGUGGAAGCGCCCAGCUCCCUCAAGCCUGUGCUAGAGUGGGAGAGCUUGAUCCUCAAGAGUCUGCAGGACUGUCCCUACGUGUGCAGAUACUAUUAUCACGGCAAGCAUGGAGACAGCACCGUGCUGGUAAUGGAGCUGCUGGGAGACAGCAUGUCGAUGCUGAGGAUGUCGCCCGACUCGAUCCACGGCGUUCCAUUGGCCAAAGCGGUCUCAGUGGGACUGGAGAUGCUGGACUGCAUCGAAGCCUUCCAUCGCCACGGGUACGUUCAUCGAGACAUCAAGGCGUCCAACUUUGCACUCAGCGCGCUUGCAGAGCGUAAUCCGACGAAGCAGCAGCGCUACUAUAUCAUUGACUUUGGGCUAUCAAGACAGCACUUAGGAGAAGACCGACAAGUGCUGCCUGCUCGCCAAGUUGCGGAGUUUCGAGGCACGUCCAUGUACGCGUCGCUGAGCUCGCAUCGUCGCCAGGAAUUGGGGCCUAAGGACGAUCUGUGGUCGUGGUUUUACCUCGUCAUGGACUUUUUGCGCGGAGAAUUGCCCUGGGCAGCCGACGCACAGCUGAAGAACCGGCAGACUGUGCUUCGUCUUAAGGAACACUACACUGAAGCCAACCCAGGCCUGUUGGUUGAGGGUCUUCCAGGUGCAGCGCAGUUGCUGGAGUUGAUGGAUUAUCUGCAGUCUUUAAAAUACGACGACAUGCCGGAUUAUAAGAGAAUCCGUAAGCAACUGCAAGCUGUCGGAGAGAGUUCUCUGGUCUCGGAUAAUAGCGACAGUGGGGAUGAAGAAUCCAAUGCUGAUAAGAGGGAAGCACACGCGGUGACUGAUGUGUCUGGUCUCGAUUGGAACGCUAUCAAAUCGGAGCGAGAGAGAGCGUUGAAGUGGACGGAGAAGGCGGAAGAGCACAAAGACAGCGACGGAGCGUCCGACUUGUUGCUGACAAUUGCGAAGCGAUUCCAGACCUUCUUCGACAGCGAAGGACUGACGUUUGAAGAGCAGAUACGCGUGCAAGGUGCAGUCUAUAGCAUCGAGAAGAAGAAGCGUGCGCGUUCGACGUUUCUUGCUCCUCCGCCCAUCCAGAGCUUUGUGAAGCGUCGACAGUCGGAGCAGAAAAUGCGCUCGGAUGCGCUGCGUAGACGCCGAGAACGAGACUUUCAAGUGCGCCAGUCGCUGGAGAUUAAAAAAGAACAGGAAGCACCGGCCGAGACUGUGUCUGAGGGUGGAGUCGAGGAUGGAUCGCUGCGACCUGUCAAGUCCGAGAGCUCCAUGGAAGUAUCUGAUAAUGAGGAUGCUGGAACGAAGCCUGCAGCCUCUACUUCUCAACCUCAAGUGGGUGGCGUACAAUCUACACAGACAGGAUCAGCACCUUACCAUCCGCAACACGUGAUGCCUCCGCCUCCAGGACCUCAGUGGAAUCGCAGCUCGAACCUCGGACCAAUCCCUCCACCUCCUCCUACUCCAGGGACGCAGCGUCCUGCGUAUGGACUCCCUCCCCCACCACCUCAUGUCGGACGCUAUGCGAAUGGAGGAAUCCCUCCUCCACCUCCAGGAUUCCCGCCCAAUGGAAGCCAUCACAGUGCACCCACACACCCUCCGCCUCCGCCACGUAAUGGGAACUCUGAAUCUGUCCGGCAGUUUGACAACCCAGUGGAGACGAGAGAAAGAAGUAAGCCUGGUGGCCCUACAGGUCGACACUAUCCGGCAGAAACAAGAGGAGAGCGUGGGUACGUCACUCAGAGACCGCCAACGUCUCCUCGAGAUAAACGACACUACGACUCGCCGAGAGAAGAUCGUGGAUACGGCGCUUAUCAGCGGCCUCACAAGUCUCCUCGAGAGAAUUCUUCUAUGUCUGAGCGACACUAUGAUGGCCGAGUGGAGAGAGAAGACCGUGGUUACGGUCAUCGACGAACUCAGAAAUCCCCGCGAGAGAGCGACAGUCUUGUUUCUGGUCGGCACAAUGACCAAAAAGAAGAUCGUGGAUAUGGUUAUCAACCUCAAAGCACCCCUCGAGAGAGUCACGGCCAGUACUCAAAGGAGCGGCCAGAUCAUCAAGACAAAGAGCGCUAUUACGAAGGGAAAAGACCGCGCUCACGCUCACGCUCACGAUCAUCACGACGUGGAAGUCGACCUCGACGUCGCUCGUACUCAUCGUCGCGGUCUCGUUCGCGAUCGUACUCGCGGUCUCCUUCUCGAUCGCCAUCUCCUCAUUCCCACCGCCGCAGUCGCGACUAUGAUCGUCAUCGUGGAAGCCGGAAAGUGAGAUCCAAGAGAGAACACUUUCGCAGACAUCGCUCACGUUCGCGUAGCAGUUCGAGAUCCCGAUCAAGGUCCAGUUCCCGCUCAGUGUCUGCUUCACCGCCUCCGAAGCGCUCCCGUCACUCACACCGACACUCGUCACAUUCAUCAUCUCGGCGUCACUCAAAGGAAUACGCGAAGGAGUAUGUGAAAAAGGAGUACGUCAAGGAUUAUCCCGAGGAAUAUGUGAGCUCGUAUCCGAAAGAGAACCCGAAAGACUACCGUCACCGUUCUCCCUCGCCUGAUCGCCGACAGUAUCGACGUUCUCCUUCACUGGACGAUCCGCGACACCGAUCCCGCUCGCGAGACUACGCUCGAGAGGAUGGAUCGUGGGGUGUGGAUAUCCGCUACAAACCACCGUCAACUCCAGAGAUGCAACGGCGAUCUUCCCGAUGGCAACCAAGGUCCUAACUGAGAGAAAAAAGUACCUUAUGAUAGGAAGUCUGAAGACCAAGACGAAGCGCUGAUACCUGACGAUUCACUUUUUUCACCCUGGAAGAUGGUACGAUAUGAUAGUGGAUGCCAGAAUACGGCUGCCCUGCUAACACAUCGGAUUGAUAUAUUUUCUCUUUCUUUUGCGAUGUCGAACUGCGUGAAUGGAACAUGCUGUGGCGCUGGGUGUUUCGAAAGGCACCGAGAGUUUGAUAUAAGUUGCGUGAGUGACCUCAUGGUUUGGGUGAUUGAAAGGUGGCUUACGUUCGAAGUUAUCUCCGCGGGGUUACAUUGUCGUGCUGACCGGAAGAGGCUGUCUAAAGUAACACUAAAUGCGCAUUGCUAGCUUUUUCUUACGCGGUUUGCCUUGAAUCAAGAUGCGCUGUUUUUGUGAGCUACAAGGCGUGACCAAGACGUUUGGUGCUUGCUUCCGUGCUGGCUAUCGGUACUUUAAUCCAGUGCACCAUGGUGACUCAAGCAGAAGGACCAGUUACGGUACUGAGUCCGCUUAUUGGAAGAGUCCAUGUGGUUACAGUGUAUUGACCCGGUUACCGCAUGCAAGUGGUCAUGGUGCGUUGGCAACCGCGAUCUCAUUGUUCACGUCGUAACUCGUCUCAGACUUAAUGGAGUUCACAUGGCCGUCGUCUCUAGUACAUGCGUGUCUGCGGUUGUUCGCUCGCCUUUCCAAGGUCGAAUGGUGUUAGCGUUCAGACCGUUGACAAACGCCGCCAAAUCAUUGGCAUUAUUGGCACAAGCCCAGACAAAGGGCUCGGAGAUCGGAAACGCUAUGCAGCAACGCAAUGGUACAAGCCAGCACCGAAAUGUUCUUAUCGUCGCCGACCUUGUCCACAAAUGGGCCGGUAUCUCUUCGCUCUGAUGAUUCGAAACAUGAUGGAAAGUGGAAACAAGUGGAUUGUGGCACGAAGGUUAACAUGGGGGAACACUGCUCUGCUCAGCAGAAAAAACAAGCCGUUGGCGAGCGUGGCGCAGGCAAACAGCUAGCUUAUCUGAUCAGGUUUUUCACCCGAAACAACUUGUUGAAAUACUUCUCGAGCUGGAGAGCCACCAUUUUCUGGGUACCAGAAGCAGUAGCCUCGGCUACGUUGAACUUCACGGUCAAAAUGUCUUUGGAAUCGCUGAGCCCAUCGAAACCCCACUUCACAAAAUAGACUCCUCUGAAGGCUCAUAGCCUUCUUUUUCAUGAUCGGAUUCUUCCUCGCCUCCAGAAGCAUCUCUACCAACCGACUUUCACCGCCAAAUCCCCUUGCUAGCACUGAAACAACUCUUUCACGAGCCAGUAUUCUUUUCUACUACUGUCUAAGCGCCCCAGCACGUCCAUCUGUGGGCUGGCAAAACGUUUUCCACGUUUUUAAUCUUCAAAAACUUUAAAACAUCGUCCACCGACAUUCCGCUUUUCAGCCAGUCCUGCGAUUACUGUUCCUACAACUUUGUCGCGAUCAACUUCGUACGUGGAUUAUUACGCCUCCUAGCAGAUACAAGCGCCGUUGCCACAUUAACUUGUCCGUACUUCGACGUCAGUGCCUUUAGCAAUGCUAUUUCGCUAGUAGGAUUGUUCUGGGUGAAUCGAUAGACCUACUUCGCCAAUACUUGCAGCUUUUCGCUUCCCA